AUGCACCCAGCUGCAUGUGCCAUUGUACAUCUACACCUCCAAAUUAGGGUGUGGAUUGGCGUCGUCCUCUUUAAUGUGGGUGCAUUUUGCGACGUCGCGACAAAUAAAGAGAAUGGGCGAUGGGCUGUGGGAGCAAUGAGAGAGAAAGAGAGAGUUGACGGCAGCGAAAACGUAAGUCGGCCAGGCAGGAUGGCGUUUAAGUUAUGGUCUUUGGAUGAGGAGACGCUAUACGAGCACGUGUUCGAGCGGUACAUGCAGCUGGAGGCCCAGUGCCGGGAGCUGCCCCAGGAUUUGGGCAUUCAGGACAAAAGCAGCGGUGUAUUGGAGCUGGCGAUCGAGCCUUUGGGGGUUGAAGCCAGCAAGAAGAAGAAGCGAGUGAGGAGGAGGAACAAGGCCGAUGCUGCCAAGGACGAUUGGGGCGUCGCUGUAGACAGUUAUCACGUUCGGGUGGAACAGUCCAUAUCUAGCUUGCAUUCAUCCCGAGACAACGACAACUCCACCACAGGGUACGUUGUGUGGUCCACGACACCUUUUUUCAUCAACUGGCUUCUGUAUAGUGCUAGCGCUGCACCCUUUCGUCUUGGUACCCAGGUGGAAGUCGUCCACGGGUCUUCUUGCGAGGGGCACAUGCUUGACUUGCCCAAGCUGAUCAAUCUUUCCGGCACAGACCGCAGUAAGAGAGGCAUCCUGGAGCUUGGAGCAGGGAUAUCGGGAAUUUUGCCCGUGGUUCUUGGUAACUUUGUCGACGUCUACGUCUCGACGGACCAGAAGGGUAUUCUUAACAAGCUGAAACAUAACACCAUGGAAAACCUGUCGCAGUUGACCAGAAGGCAGUGCGUGUCCCGGACGCUACGUUUGGAACUGCCGCCCACCACACCAUCUGAAACCGCCACAUUAGAGCUGCCAUCCAAACCCACGUUGGGUCUGGAAGUGACGGCUCUAGACUGGGAGAAGAUCAACUUGCGGGACGAAACGACACACUCACUGCAUCCGGAGCUGUCACUCUUGGGCCAGACAAGCUCCUCUGUGUACGUUCUCGCCAUGGACGUGAUAUACAACGAGUACCUCAUAGACCCCUUCCUCAAGACGCUGRAACAGCUGAAGUACUGCUUCCAGUCCACCUACAACCUGAAGUUCCACGCCGUCGUGGGGCUCCACCUACGUUCGCAAGACGUAACCACCCUGUUUUUAGAAAGAGCAGUCAUAGAGCACGACCUCGCCGUCUACGAUAUCGUUGACCAGGCCAUACAAGAGUCCCGCUUCAAUUUUUAUCUCAUCACUUAG